GUCAUCUCUGUGCGACUAGCUGCUCCAGCGUGUGCAGUGUCUGUUUUAUGGAUGAACAGAACUGAGCUGUGGAGUGUUACAAAGAGAGUGAUUUAGAUUCUCGUCAGAUCCUUAUCAACCAGAACCCCAAAGGUCUGAGAUCUCACCUCUGCUGAAUGAUCUCCUUCGCUGAGAUGGAUCUGCAGGUGUCUGUACUUUUGGAGGUUCUUUCUCAGGCAAGCAGUCAAGACUCGGCUCUGCUCAAACCUGCAGAAGAACAGCUGAGGCACUGGGAGAACCAACCAGGUUUUUACUCUACACUACAGAGUAUCUUUAAUAAUCACGUGUUGGAUGUGAACGUGCGCUGGCUCGCUGUGCUCUACUUCAAAAACGGCAUCGACCGCUACUGGAGGAGGGGCGCUCCCAAUGCUAUCUCAGAGGAGGAGAAAUCGUCUCUUCGUGCAGGACUCAUUUCCAACUUUAAUGAGCCUGUCCAUCAGAUAGCGACUCAGAUAGCGGUGUUGAUAGCGAAGGUGGCGAGGUUGGAUUGUCCCCGCCAGUGGCCUGAACUCGUCCCUGUGCUGCUGGAGGCCAUUAAACACCCGGACGAGCUCCAUCAGCACCGCGCUCUGCUCACACUCACACACGUCAUCAAAACACUCGCCUCCAAACGCCUCAGCGCCGACCGAGCACUGUUCCAACACUUGGCCUCCAGCAUCUACAGCUUUGCUUGCUCUCUGUGGAAUCAUCACACAGACAUGUUCCUGCUAAAGAUACAGAGCAGAGAUCCACACACAGCACUCAGUGCACUUGAACACACACUGCUGUCUCUGAAAGUGCUGCGUAAGUUGACUGUUAAUGGAUUUGUGGAACCUCAUCAGAACAUGGAGGUGAUGGGUUUUCUUGGUGCGGUGUUUGACAGGUUACGGCAGUGUUUAGAGUGCUGUGGCCAUGUGGGCGGAGCUCAUGCCUGCAGAGAAAAACUGGAGAAGAUCAUCAUCCUCUACACUAAAGUGUUCCUGGACUUCCUGGAGACACAUCCAUACUCAUUCAUCCCCCUGAUCCAGCACUCGCUCGAGUUUUCCGUCUCCUUCAUUUUCACAGAGCAGGGGGACGGGCUGGUCUUCGAGCGCUUCAUUGUCCAGUGCAUGAACCUAAUCAAGAUGAUCAUCAAGAAUGCUGCCUACAAACCGGCCAAGAACAUUGAGGACAGUAAAGCGGAAAAUCUGGAGGCACACAGGAUUAAGUCGGAUUUCUUCACACACUCCACUCUGAGUGAGAUGUGUAAGAGGCUGGUGUGUAAGUACUUGUUGUUGACGCAGGAGGAGCUCAACAUGUGGGAGGAGGAUCCUGAGAGCUUCGCUGUUGAAGAGACUGGAGGAGAUUCCUGGAAAUACAGUUUACGGCCAUGUACAGAGGUUUUAUUUCUGGACCUUUUCCACAACUACAGUCAGAUUCUGACUCCGGUGUUGCUGGACAUGGUGCACACACUACGAGGUGUCAGUGAUGGUGAGGAUUCAGUGCAGAUGCUGAUGAAGGAUUCCGUGUAUAAUGCGGUGGGAUUGGCGGCGUAUGAGCUGUUCGACAGUGUGGAUUUUGAUCAGUGGUUUAAGAAUCAGCUGCUGGUGGAGCUUCAAUGUAACGACAGCAGGUAUAAGGUGAUCAGGAGGCGUGUGAUCUGGUUGGUCGGUCAGUGGAUCUCGGUGAAGUUCAAGGCAGAGUUACGCCCCCUGCUAUAUGAAAUUAUCCCUAAUCUCCUGCAGGAUGACGAUCUGGUGGUUCGUAUUGAGGCGGCGACAACACUGAAGCUCACUGUUGAUGAUUUUGAGUUCAGAACAGAGCAAUUCUUACCGUAUGUGGAGUCCAUCUUCGCUCUGUUGUUCCACUUGUUGCAGCAGGUGAUGGAGUGCGACAGUAAGAUGCAGAUCCUCCACGUUAUCUCCUGUGUAAUAGAGAGAGUGGGGAUGCAGAUCCGUCCCUACAUAGGUUGUUUGGUUCAGUAUCUCCCUCUGCUGUGGAAACAAUCCGAAGAACACAAUAUGCUGCGCUGCGCUAUCCUUACUACACUCAUCCAUCUCGUCAAGGGUUUGGGGGCAGAAAGUAGAAACUUGUAUCCAUUUCUGCUCCCUGUCAUUCAACUGAGUACCGACGUGUCCCAACCACCGCACGUUUACCUGCUGGAGGACGGCCUGGAGCUGUGGCUGGUGACAUUAGAGAACAGUCCUGCUUUAACUCCUGAGCUACUCAGAAUUUUCCAGAACAUGUCAGCAUUGCUGGAGAUGAGCACAGAGAAUGUGCAAAACUGUUUUCAGAUCACCAACUCUUACAUCUACCUCUCAGCUACCGACUUCCUGCAGAAUUACGGUGAAGGUCUGUGCAGAUCUUUCUUUGAAUUCCUGAGGGACAUUACAGCUGAGGGACAAGUUCAAGUCCUCAAGGUGGUGGAGAUUGCACUGAAAGUGAGUCCAGUUCUAGCGUGUCAUAUGUUCCAGUCUCUUCUGCCUGCUGUGUUUAGAGGAGUGAUGGAGGGAGAGAGGUACCCUGUGGUGAUGUCGACCUAUCUGGGUAUAAUUGGUCGUGUCCUCCUGCAGAACUCGAGCUUCUUCUCUUCACUGCUCACACAGAUGGCCAUUGAGUUUAACCAGGAGGUGGAACAGCUGUUGGGGAAUCUGGUGGAGAUGUGGGUGGACAGGAUGGACAACAUCACACAGCCUGAGAGGAGAAAACUGUCAUCUUUAGCCCUUCUCUCAUUAUUACCUUCUGAUAACAUUGUUGUACAGGAAAAGUUCUGUGGGAUUGUUAAUAUAUGUGUCGAGUCUCUGCACGAUGUGAUGACUGAAGAGCCGGAGACAGGGACCUUCAGAGACUGUCUGUUGGUCAGUGGUGUGGAUGAAACCCAGUUGUCGGAUGAUGAUGAACCUCCUACUGAACAGGACAAAAGAAGGAAACUGCUGGCUCUAGAGGACCCUGUACACUCGGUGUCUCUGCAGCAGUGUGUGUAUGAGAAGUUGAAGCUGCAGCAGGAGCUGAUGGGAGAUCAAAGCUUCCAGUCGCUCAUGGAGACGGUGGAUACAGAGAUCGUUCAUCAGCUGCAGGAGUUCCUCCACCGACUGUAACCAUAGCAACCGCAAACAUCACCACACGUGCACACACACACACAUAUCUAAAACAUCAAACAUCAUACUGUGCCAAAUAUUAAUCAAACACACACACACACACACACACACACACACACACACACAAACACACCUACUUCAUUUUUCUGCUUAUUCUCUGUAAAGGUUAAUACAUUUGUUGUUUGGGAAAUAAAAUCAUUUCAUUUUGUGAAAA